UUUAAAGCCAGUCUAGGUACACAUGGGCAUAACCCACAAUUCAAAAACACAUUUAUGUUUGUAUAUAUAAGUAAACAGCGAGAUUUGAAAGUAAAGGAUAGGUAGCUGAAUUAGUGAGAAGCUGGACGAAUCAACUAAGAUGCCGAAACAAAUGAUAACGGAGCAGCAGUUGUUGAUGCUGAAGAACUCCGGCAGCGUCUUCAGCUACUCCGGGAUCAUUGGCAGUCCGAUGGCCGACGACAAGGAGGACGAUAUGACAAAAUCUGCCCUUUCGGCCUUUCGCGCCAAGGAAGAGGAGAUACAGAGGAGGAGGAGAGAAGUGUCCGAGAAAGUGCAAGCACAGCUCGGUCGCGUUGAGGAAGAAACUAAACGUUUGGCUGAUAUAAGAGAGGAACUGGAAGGAUUUGUUGAUCCUAUGGCAAAAGAAGUUGCUGUUGUGCGCAAAAGGAUUGAUCACGUCAGUCGCGAACUGAAACCCAUCGGACAGACCUGCCAAAGGAAGCUGGACGGUAUCUAUGCAGGAAAAGGAAUACAAAGAAGCUUUGGAAGCGUUUAAUUUAAAAGUUAAAGAAAAAGCUCUGCUAAUGACGAAAUUAAUGGAGCUGGUGGAUGAAAGCGAAAAGCUGAGAAUGAAGCAAUUGGAGGAGUUAAGCAAGAGCUUAGAUUCUCUAAACUAAUUAUUAUAACGAUAAUCCAUUAAUUUGAUAUUUGAAUUCGUGAAACUUGUUGAUUGUGUACGUGUGGAUAUUGAAAAUUAUUUAAUAUUUUGGACUUACUAUUCUAUGAUAGUCCAUAAUAUUAUUAAGCUGAUUUAAAUGCUACUGGACUACUAUCCACGUUAUUGGGC